AUGUCUUCAGGAGAAAAUAUAAACGAAGUUGCAUCUUCCUUAAUCGAAAUGAAAGAUAAGGAUUUCAAAAGAAACUAUGUUCGAAAAAAAUUCAAAAAUCAGAAAAAUAUCGAAUGCGGUAGAAGUGUUGUUAUUUCCGAAGGGAAUGUAGAUAGCUCAAGGAAGACACGGUCAUCUUCCAAAAGAGAGAAGGCGAAUGAGGUGUUGCAAACACGUUCAAAGACAUCCAAAAAAACAGUUAUUGAACAACCAAAAGUGAAGCUGAGGGUUAAGGUCAAAACUGUAAGUAAGAAACGUGAACUAUCUGAUGAAGAUGAUUCAGAUUUUCAGAGUCCUCCUGGAUCUUCAAAGAAACCAAGGAGAGAAACUAAAGUUUUGAAGAAAGAUAAAAAAGCUGUUGUUAUAAAAGAAUUUCCUUCAUUGAAGAAUAGAUGUUCACCCGGGUCAUUGUUGGGUGUUAUUCAAGGUUUAAGUAGAGAACAGAAGGAUUAUGUUAGGGCUAUGGGAUUUGGGAGUUUGUUAGGGAUGAAGAUGAUUGACGUACUGUUGAAGAUUGUUUAUUAUGUUCUUGAUCAUUUUAAUUUUGAAUCUUUGAAGGUGGAGUUUGAUAAUUGUGAAGUUAGUGUUGAUAGUAAGUCUGUUCAAGAGAUGUUAGGAUUACCAUCUGGUGGCUCAUUACUUUCAAACAUGGAUUACAUUUCGGAGAAUAAUGAAGAGAGUUGUAUGUUUGAGUGGAAGAAACAGUUUGAAAAUAUUGAUAAAUUGAGAUUGAAACAGCUAAAGAAUGAACUUGUUCAAACUAGUGCUGCUGAUGACAACUUGAGAAUCAAUUUUUUGGUUCUUUUUAUUAAUACUUUCUGUGAGUCUACAAGCAUGGGUAAAUGUAAUCUGAAUCAAUUGUAUUUAAUCAGAAGAGAUACUGAUUUAAGUAGCAUUGACUGGUGCGAUUACAUUGUGGAUUGUUUGGUAGGGACGAAGAAGGUUUACAAUCCAGAGAAAGAAUCUUCUUUCUUUUAUGGACCAGCAGCAUACCUUAUGUUGUUGUAUGUGGAUACUUUCAAGUUUGAUCAUUUGCAAGUCACACGUAAACGUCCAACUAUUUUUUAUUGGACGUCAGAGAAGAUAAGGUUUCUUGAGGAUAUUUUACAAGAGAGUGGAGGAUUUGGAUGUGGACAUGUUAAUGAAGCAUAUGUUGAAGAAGAAUUUCAAGAAUCUGAGUAUAAUGAGGAGGAAUCUGGUGGUGAUGAGGUUGAAUCUGAUGGUGAAGAGGAUUUAUGUGAUGAGGAUGAAGAAGAUUUUGAUGUUAAUAAAGUUAGUGAUGUGGAGGUGUAUGAAAGUAAAAUUUCAUGUAUGUAUCAGAAAAUGGAGGAUUUGAAAAAUGAUCUUGUUGUAAAGAUAGAUGAGGGAGUGUUGAAGUUUCCUCAAAGUCAAAAUUUGAAAAAUUGGAAAUUGUUAUUUCCUGUUGAAGAUUUAAGCACUGAAAGUUUUGAUUUCCGUUAUGUUUCACAAAAAUAUAAAGAACCGAUAUUAACACCUGGUUUUGUUCAAGUUAAUGAUGAAGAUUAUGGGAAUGAUUUUCUUAAUGAUGAUGAAAAUGUUGAAGAUUAUGAUCAAGGGAAAUGUUCUGGUGGUCAGGGGGAUGGAAGUGGUCCACAUGAGGGCAAUAUUGGUAAAAAUCACGUUGAAGGUAAAGGUGAUUAUGAUGAAGAUGAUGAACAAGGAAGUGGAAGUGGAUGUACUGAUGGUUGUUUAAAUCAGAAACUAGUUGAAGAUGAUGUGAAUUUGAAUUUGACUGAUAUUGAUGAUGGGACUGUAAAUUUGGGUGAGGAUGAUCAUAAGAAUAAAGUAAUUUCAGAUCGUACUGUUGAUAAAAUUAUUGUAGCAAAGAAGGACGGAGAAGGUGAAGAUGUUGAAGAUUGUUCAAAUAAAAAUAAAGAUGGAGAAAAUGUUGAAGAUUAUGCAAAUAAAAACAAUGAUUCAAAUGAGACUCGAUCAUUGAAAAAUGAUCUUGUUCCAAGUUUUAGUCUUGGAUUUAGUCAAGAUUCUGAAGGUUCCAAGAAGUCAUCUCAAAGUCAAAUUUCUUCUGAACGGAUGACAAAGAAACAGAUUAAGGAUAGAGUUAUUUUGGGAAACCCAAGUGUUGGUCCAGAGUGUGUUAUUCCAAAUGUUGAUGUUAUUGAUGCUAGUCCAGUUUCUUUUGCACCCCCUUUGGGUACAUUAGAAGAACCAUAA